AUGCUCCCCCUCUUUGGUGGGUGGGCUUCAACCAGCAUCUUUCGCAUCAGUCAACAUUCUCCUCUCCAUCACAACAUUUCUUAGCAAUUCUCUAUCCUUGUUGCCCUUCACAAGGAAUCUGCCCUCCAUGCGCCGUCCAAACUCUUGUAUCGUUGUCUGAUCUUUUGGUUGGUCUUAUUGCUCAGCCUCUCUAUGUUACCUUUUGGAUGUCCGUGGUUCACGAACACUGGACUCUUUGUUAUUACGCAGAGACAGCAGCCUACAUCAUAGGCUCAGCAUUAUGUGGAGUUUCUUUGUUGACGAUGGCGGCAAUAAGCGUGGACAGACUUCUCCGCGCCCUGUUGGCAGGGCUGAGAUACAAAGAGAUUGUAACUUUGAAUAGUGUUUGUAUCAUUAUAGCUAACUUUUGGGUUUUAUGUCUUGUCGCCUCUUUAUGCGCCAUUUUCGAUCGGCGUAUAAUCACUUUGUGUGCCCAGAUAUUGAUACCACUUUUUGCUGCUUAUUUCACUCGCCUCGUACACAAAGAUAUUUCGCACUCUUAGAAAUCAUCAGGCACAAGAACAAGAUCAUGUUCAACAACAGCCGAACCAUCCAAGUGCACUGAACAUGGCGCGAUACAGAAAAGCAGUGUACAGUGCUCUGUGGGUACAGUCAGUAUUAGUUGUUUGUUACACACCAUACCUUAUUGUGAGAAUUGUUCUCACUUAUAGUACAACAUACUCAUCACAAUUAGGCGUCGUAUUGGCAAUGGACGUCAUAUUAGUUUUCUUUAACUCGACGUAAAGAAAACGUAAAGACAAGCAAUGAAGCAAACAAUCAGACAAGCACUUUGCUGUCCAUGGAGUUAGACCAUCUUACUCACAGCAGUCAAACACUGUGCAUGCACGUGUUUUGGAAAGAAUAGGAGGGAUUUGCAAACGCGUGUAUUACGUGAAGUGAAGAAGGAAAGGUUAAAUUCCUAUCUUUUCCAAAUUGAAUGCGUAAUACAGUUGAAAGAGGGUUUUCGGAGAAAGCUUAAAUCUUGGUCUUAUUUAAUGUUGAGAUAUAUCAACUUAUUUUUAACGCAGAUGCCUUGUUUCGACGAUGAAGGCAAAUUACAGAACCUUUCUUCUACCUUUGUCAGCACGGCCAAGCUUACGACUUCAUCACGCCGCCAAGCAAAGUGUAAAAAAAAGUACGAGAGUGAAAACUAGAUCAACAAUGUGUAUAAUUCUAGGCCUUUGCUUCUCAGCUAUUUCCCCAUCGAUGAAUAAAAUAAUGGUUUAAGAGUUAAAAUAAAUAAUGUAGAGUCGAAAGAAAAGUAAAUAUGUUACGAAACGAAUAAUUUAGUAUUUGAUGAAAUUUCGUACUCAAAACGAGGCCGAGGUUGUCAUGGCUGGAUGAUGUCUCCUCAGCUUCCUGCGUGCUUCAUAUCUUAAUUAACCCUUUAAAUCCCAUGACUGACCAAGACAGAAUUUCUCCUUACAAUAUUAAUACAAAAUCAACCAGAUUAGUAGUGAAAAUCAAGGAAAAUGUUAAUUUGGGGAUAAUUAGUUGAUCCAAUACUAUAUUCUCUGGACUAACAUAUGAGAAUUGUAUGACUGAUGGUAAGGAGAAAUACAAAUUUGAUCUGGGAGUUAAAGGGGUUAACACAAACUGUUUACUGGUUAAGAUGCAGUCGCUGUUCGGUUGGCGCGACACAGAGAGGCUGUGUACCUCUGGGGGCGCAGUUAGCGUUAGUUGUUUGUUGCGGACCAAUCUAUAGUAAAACAUACCCGUCACACCUAGUCGUUAUAUGGAGAGUAUCAAUUGCCUUACUUUUCUUUAACUUGAAGUUAUAUCCGUUCUUUACUGCUAGAAAAUUAGUGAAGUAAAACAAGCAGUAAAACAGGCAAUCAGAGAAGCACUUUGCUGUCCGUAGCGUUACCUCCUCCUCGGUUUGGUUUUGUAAGACUUUCAUUAAGUCAUGAUUAUUAUUAGGGAGCGCUCUUCAAAAUAUUAUUGAUUAAGCGGAAGAAAUAAGAAGUUCAGUAGAAUCGUUGUACGUCGAGCUUUUGUCAAUAGUCUUUUCAAAGAGUAAACGCUAGUGAGGGAAAUCUGAUGAAGGUAGAAUUGAAGAUCUGUGCGGCGAAUUUUGAUAAUUCCUUAGCAUACGUCCAUUGAUUUUGGACCACCACUUAUAAAUUAUUUACUUCACUUCAGUAUUACGAUGUAACUGUUGCAAUUAAAGUAGAAUUUUGAAAAUUGCCCCAGAGCAUCACAAAAUUACCUGCCGUUUACACGAGAGCUUUCUUUAUACAAAAACACCUUUAUUAUCUGUUUAUUUUAUCAUUUAAAAAAGGUAUUAUUAAUCUAUUUGUUUGUCAAAGAAAUUAACUUUUAGUGCUAAUUUGUACUUAAAUUUAAAUUCACUGAUUCAGAUUAGAAACUUGGCGCAGCACACCCAAACGCGCUAGUGGUUCGAUCGGCUGCAGUCGCUAUUCGGAGGAAUCAAAAUUUCCAGGAUAAAACCCCUGCUCUGUAUUAAAGAAUUGAAUGAGUUGUUGGUUUGUCUAUCAGCAAUUUUCCCGUCCGAAAAUAAAACAAUGGAUCUAAAGUUAAUAUCUUAAUAUAUAUACAUAAAUCCAUUUUCGAAAAGGUUGCUAUUUGAAAAAAUAUAUUAAAUAGUCUGUGUAUAUAUUUUCUUUUCUCAUCACAAAGUGUCUCUUUUUGAUGAGCAAAGAAAAUAUAUAUUUGUUUGAUAUAUAUUUUCAGAUUUGAAAGGUUUUUCAAAACCAGGUAUUUACAUAUAUUUAUAGAGCCGAAAGAAACGCAGUCAUGUAAACGAGGCCUAAAACAAGUCCGAAUCUGUCUUGACAAGCAGGUGUCUUCUUAACAACUUUUUCCUUCCUUAUUGUGCGAUAAAAAGCACGUGGCAGUUUUAGUGAGUUUGAAAUAUGGGUCAGGGUUGGUAAAGACGAAGCCUCUCCUAGAGCAAUUGUAAUUUUUUUAUCGACUGCUGACAAGCCUUGAGCGCCCAUCCCUUCAUUUUCCAUCUCGAUUAAUAAAUUAUCUUGUAACUAAUUGUCAUCACUAAAGGAGAGUCAUCAACUGUUUAAGAGAAUCGCUGGAACAAAAAUUGAAUAACUUUCCUUUUACAGUUGCAGAAAAUGGUUUGCUGGUGUGACAACUUGAUUUUGUUACUAUUUUGUUUUUAGUUCUAGUAGGAUACGAAACGGAGAGAAAAAAGGCUUCAAAGCGCAAUUAGAUACACAGUUAAUUUCAAAUAUUUUGAAACAAGUUUGUAUGUGUGACCGCAUACAUUAAUUUUGAAUAGUUGCGUAGUCUACGUAGUACAUUCGGUUGUUGUCACGAAUUAAAUUUUUCUCUUACAACAAUUGACAUCGCCAGCUUGAGCUUUUGCAUUUUUAGCUCUCCGUAGCUGAUAAUUCAAGUCUUAACUUCGCACGAAAGAUAUGGACCCUUAAUUAGCAUCCUAUUAUAAUGGAAUUUGAUACUGAUAAAGAGUGACUCUUUACCGAAUUGUAAAAAACACUGAAAUAACAGAUGUUUCUAUAUUUGCCUUUAGUUGCUAUUUCAUAACUGAGGAACCCAAAGGUUCCCGAGGAAAAAAAUAUUUUUUUGACCCAAUGGAGAAUUUCCAGUUGCAUUUUAAAUGAGUAAGUCUUUAUGCGACUGUUAGGCAGAAAGUUAGGCUUCAGUAGUCAUUGCUGCCAUUUUUCGUUGCAAGAACAGAGACCCACAAGAAAAGGGAAAAGCCGACGACAGAAUUAUGUUGAUAUCAAAUUUCAGUAGCGGCAGAAGUCACACGAAAUCGUAUGAAGAACUGAUAUGCUCUCCCUCUUUGAUGGGUGGGCAUCAACAACUAUCAAUUUGUUUCUUGGCAGUUUACAUUCUCCUCUCCAUCACAGCAUUUGCUGGGAAUUCUCUCAUCCUUGUUGCCCUUUAUAAAGAAUCUUCCCUACAUCCGCCGUCCAAACUCCUGUAUCGUUGUCUGGCGACCACUGAUCUGUUAGUUGGUCUUGUUGCCCAGCCUCUCUAUGCUACAUAUUGGAUGUCCGUGUUUCAAGAACAUUGGAGCCGUUGUCGAUACGCCAGGGAUGCAGGCUACGUCACAAGCUAUGUAUUGAUUUUAGUGUCUUUGAUGACGAUGACGGCCAUAAGCGUGGACAGACUUCUCGCCCUGUUGUUGGGGCUGAGAUACAAACAAAUUGUAACUUUGAAGCGCACGUAUAUCAUUGUAACUACCUUUUGGGUUUUUAACAUUGUCGCCUCUUUAUGUGGAAUUUUUUAUCCUAGUAUAAUCUAUUUGUACAGCUCCCUAGUUUCACCAUUUUGCCUGGUAAUAUCCUUCGCAUCGUACACAAAGAUUUUUUGCACUCUCAGAAAUCAUCAAGCACAAGUACGAGAUCAACAACAGUCGAGCCAAACAAAUGCACUGAACAUGGCACGAUUCAGAAAGGCAGUGGACAGUGCACUGUGGGUGCAGUUAGCAUUAGUUGUUUGUUAUGCGCCAAUGUAUACAGUGGAAAUUGUGGUCACUCGCACUAACAAAUAUUCAUUACUCUUAGUCGUCUUACGGAAAGUAGCAAUUAUUUUACUUUACUUUAAUUCGACUUUAAACCCGUUCCUAUACUGCUGGAAGAUUAGUGCAGUGAGACAAGCAGUGAAGCGGAUAAAGUCACGAUUAUUAUUAGAGAGCAGUCGUUAAAUAAGUUAUUGGAUAAAAAACCAAAUAAGUGGCUCAACGAAACAGUUGCGCAGGCUGUUAUCGAUAGUCUUUAUAUCUCCGUGAACAAUUUAACGACGGACUAAGUAGCCCCAGCUAUGUGUAAAAUAAGGUUUCUUGUCGCUCUGCUAAAAGAUAAGAUGUCAUAACGCAAGAAAAUAUAAGCAAACAUUUUACUGUCGAGUUUUCUACUCUUAGAAAUAAGAAAGCAUCAGAUAAAACUUCAAAGAGUAGUUUGAGAGAUGUGUUUGAGGCCGGUGUUGUGUGUUACGAUAAAACUAUUUCAACUAGUAUUCCUAUAAUUAAAAGAAAGCGCCUGACGUUGAUGUUGACGCUAAGUUUCCAUAAGAGACGGUCCAGCUUCAGUCUUGAAUUUGCUUUGUUAUCAGAAAAAUAUCCGUAAAGCUCAUGAGAAGAAGUCUUUGUUACUUGUAUAUUUAACUGAAAGGUACGAAAGUAAACGGAAUAAAAUUGACCAUCUCUGAUUGUUACAGAACUUUUUUACAGAUCUAUUGAUGUUCUGAAAUUAUAUUGGCAACAGCGAAAAACAAGUUUCGCAUCAUUUGUAUAGAGGUCACCAUAUGUCCAGUUUGUUGCUUAUGUAUCUUUAGGUUGUCUCUGAGUUUCACGGAUUUUAUUUCCUCCAUUUCUAAGUGAUUAACCGCUGUCCCUAAGUUCCACAAUUUUUUUUUUUAUUGAGUCGUUUUCAAGGCUUUGUAUAAGCUCAGACUUUGCUUCAAUAUCAUAUCAUCUAAUUAUCGCCCUAAAAACGACAUGUUUAUUUCACCCAUUAAAGAAGUGACAAAAUGGAUCUUUUAAGACUUAGGAGGCCCAUAUCGUAUUGUAAAACAAAAAAUAUAGCCCAUGUCUUUGUGUUUGUCAAGGGAAUUCUUUUUAUUUCUACACAAGACAUACAUCAGUAUAAUACCAGAUCAGCAUCUUCUGGUAACUACUAUAUUAACUAUUCUAGGCUUAAUCAUCAUAAAAACUCUUUUUCUAUCGUUGGGGCUAAAAUUUGGAACAUUAUUCCCGAAAGCUAUCGAAGUCUGCCGAAGCAAAAAAAAUUCAAAAUUCAAGCAUUACUAUUUGCAACUCUAGGAAGUCUGGAUAGUUAUGCUGACACUAGCACUCUUAUUUCUGAAAUAAAAAAGGCAUCUUAAUUAUAAUUCAAACAUAAUAUAUUAAUUUACUUUUUAUCACCUUUUCCCUCUUUUGUCAAAUAAUGUAUGCAAAAUCGAGUAAUUCGCAUAAUUGGUGUUUUUGUAAUUCGUGUUGUAUGUCCUUAACACCGCCUGCCUAGAUUAGCUCGCUAUUUGCAGGAGGUGAUUAUUGUACAAAGAUUUUCCUGCAAACUUAAUAAACUUGAACUUGAACUUGAACUUGUACAAAAACACUUUUAUUAUCUCAAUAACCAGACGUAGGAAGAAAGAAAAUUAGAUCAAAGGGUCACAUAGGCUAACUUUUCCUCGUUAUUGUUUAGUACUGUCUUCAAUAAAGGAAGAAUAUUUCAAUUGGGCACUCAGAUGACAUCUUAUCUUGAUGUACUGCUUAUUUCAUCAUUUAAAAAGAUGACAAAAAAAGUUGUCCUAUCGUAUUGUCAAACAGUAAUACAACCGAUGUCUAUUUGUUUGUCAACGAAAUUACCUUUUAGUGCUAAUUUGUACUAAAACUGAAAUUCUUUGAGAUUAAAAACUUGUCGCAGCCCACACAAACGCCUUUAGUAGUUUGAUCGGCUGCAGAAAUUGAAAAUUUUUGGAUAAAACUCUUACUCUGUAUUAAAGAAUUGGAUGAGUUGUUGGUUUGUCUAUCAGCAGUCUCCUAUUCCAAAAUUAAAACAAUGAAUCUAAAGUUGAUAUAUGAAUAUAUAUAAACCUAUUUUCGAAAAUGUUGCUAUUUAAAAAAGACAUUGUCAAUAGUCUGUAUAAAUGUAUAUAUUUUUUCUUUUCUCAUUACAAAGUGUCUCUUUUUGAAGAGAAAAGAAAAGGCAUAGUUAUUUGAUAUAAAUUUUCAAACAGGUAUUUACAUAUAUGUAUAACGUCGAAAGAAACGUAGUCAUGUAAACGAGACAUAAUACAAGUCCGAAUCUGUCGUGGCAAGCAGGUGUCUUCUUAACAACAUAUUCGUUCCUCAGUGUGCGAUAAAAAGCACGUGGCAGUUUUAGAGAGUUUGAAAUAUGUGUCAGGGUUGGUAAAGACGAAGCUUCUCCUGGAAUUUUUUAUCGACUGUUGAUAAGGUUUGAGCGCCCAUCCCUUCAUUUUCCAUUUCGAUUAAUAAAUUAUCUUGUAACUAAUUGUCAUCACUAAAGGAGAGUCAUCAACUGUUUAAGAGAAUCGCUGGAACAAAAAUUGAAUAACUUUCCUUUUACAGUUGCAGAAAAUGGUUUGCUGGUGUGACAACUUGAUUUUGUUACUAUUUUGUUUUUAGUUCUAGUAGGAUACGAAACGGAGAGAAAAAAGCUACAAAGCUCAAUUAGAUACACAGUUAAUUUCAAAUAUUUUGAAACAAGUUUGUAUGUGUGGCCGUACAUUAAUUUUGAAUAGUUGUGUUGUCUACGUAGUACAUUGGGUAAUUGUCACGAUUCAAUUCAAUUUUUCUCUUACACCAAUUGACAUCGCCAGCUUGAGCUUUUGCAUUUUUAGCUUUCCGUAGCUGAUAAUUCAAGUCUUAACUUCACACGAAAGAUAUGGACCCUUGAUUAGCAUCCUAUUAUGAUGGAAUUUGAUUCUGAUAAAGAGCGACUGCUUGCCGCGUUGUAAAAACACUGAAAUAACAGAUGUUUCUAUAUUUGCCUUUAGUUGCUAUUUCAUAACUGAGGAACCCAAAGGUUCCCGAGGAAAAAAAUAUUUUUUUGACCCAACAGAAAAUUUCCUGAUGUAUUUUAAAUAAGUAAGUCUUUAUGCGACUGUUAGGUAGAAAGUUAGGCUUAAGGAGUCAUUGCUGUCAUUUUUCGUUGCAAGAACAGAGACCCACAAGAAAAGGGAAAAGCCGACGACAGAAUUAUGUUGAUAUCAAAUUUCAGUAGCGGAAGAAGUCACACGAAAUCAUAUGAAGAACUGAUAUGCUCUCCCUCUUUGAUGGGUGGGCAUCAACAACUAUCAAUUUGUUUCUUGGCAGUUUACAUUCUCCUCUCCAUCACAGCAUUUGCUGGGAAUUCUCUCAUCCUUGCCGCCCUUUAUAAAGAAUCUUCCCUACAUCCGCCGUCCAAACUCCUGUAUCGUUGUCUGGCAACCACUGAUCUGUUGGUUGGUCUUAUUGCCCAGCCUCUCUAUGCUACAUAUUGGAUGUCUGUGUUUCAAGAACAUUGGAGCCGUUGUCGAUACGCCAGGGAUGCAGGCUACGUCACAAGCCAUGUAUUGAUUUUAGUGUCUUUGAUGACGAUGACGGCCAUAAGCGUGGACAGACUUCUCGCCCUGUUGUUGGGGCUGAGAUACAAACAAAUUGUAACUUUGAAGCGCACGUAUAUUAUUGUAACUACCUUUUGGGUUUUUAACAUUGUCGCCUCUUUAUGUGGAAUUUUUUAUCCCAGUAUAAUCUAUUUGUACAGCUACCUUGUUUCACCAUUUUGCCUGGUAAUAUCCUUCGCAUCGUACACAAAGAUUUUUUGCACUCUCAGAAAUCAUCAAGCACAAGUAGGAGACCAACAACGGACGAGCCAAACAAAUGCACUGAACAUGGCACGAUUCAGAAAGGCAGUAGACAGUGCACUGUGGGUGCAGUUAGCAUUAGUUGUUUGUUACACGCCAAUGUUUACAGUGGAAAUUGUGGUCACUCGCACUAACAAAUACUCAUUACUCUUAGUCGUCGUACGGAAAGUAGCAAUUAUUUUACUUUACUUUAAUUCGACUUUGAACCCGUUCCUAUACUGCUGGAAGAUUAGUGAAGUUAGAAAAGCAGUGAAGCGGACACUGAAAGAAGCUCUUUGCUAA